GCAAAAACACUUUACUAUUCGGUGACGCUCUCCCAUCUAACGCGCGCAAAAACCGCAAAACGCAGCCAGCAAAAAUGACGGACUCCAUGGCGAGCCUCCAAGCGACCAUCGCCGGCCUCCAGGAGCAGAUCGACGCCAUGAACGGGCAGCUUACCGAGGUACGUCCCUGCUUCACCGGCAGCUGCCCCUUUCGCCAGCGCGCGGUGCGGGCGCGGCGGGCUGCCCCCACCCCCGCGGCGGCCCCGCCCCCGCGGCGCCGCCGCCGGCGCGGCGGCGCGGCCCUCUCCCGCCCUCGCCGGCCGCCGCGUUCCCGCCCCCGCCGGCCGCCGCGUCCGCGCGUGACCACAAAUCCGCGCGCGCGCUCAAAACGAAAACGACCCCCGCCUCACGACACGCCCCCCGCCGCAGCACCGCAAGCUCAUCGACACGGGCGACAUCGACGCCUUCUGGCUCAUCUUCGGCGGCGUCCUCGUCUUCUGGAUGCAGGCGGGCUUCGCCAUGCUCGAGGUCGGCUCGGUCAACAAGAAGAACACGAAGAACAUCCUGGUGAAGAACAUCUUCGACGCGUGCAUCGCGGCGAUCAUGUGGUACGCCGUCGGCUCGUCGCUCGCCGGCGGCAACGGCGACGACUUCACGACGACGGGCGAGAACGGCUUCGCGGGGUCCGGCGGCUUCUUCCGCACGGUCUCCACGGCGAACAAGUCGGCCUACGCCAAGGCCGGCUGGUUCUUCGGCUGGACCUUCGCCGGCGCCGGCUGCACGAUCGUCUCCGGCGCCAUCGCCGAGCGGGCCACGUUCCUCGCCUACGCGCUCUACUCGGUCAUCCUCACGGGCUUCGUCUACCCGCCCGUCGUCCACAUGAUGUGGGGCGCGGGCAAGUUCUCGGCCUGGCGCUCGGGCCCGCGCCUUUUUGGGGAUUGCGGCGUCAUCGACUUCGCCGGCUCCGGCACGGUGCACAUGACGGGCGGCGUCGCCGCGAUCAUCGCGGCGGGCUGCAUCGGCGUGCGCAAGGGCUUCCCCGACGCGCUGCCCGAGGGCCAGCCCGUCUACCAGGCCCUCGGCAUCCUCAUCCUCUGGAUGGGGUGGUACGGAUUCAACUGCGUCUCGACGCUCUACAUCGACGGCUACGCCCAGUCGGCCGCGCACGUCGCCAUGACGACGACGCUCGGCGCGGCGGCGGGCUGCCUCGGCACGGCGGCCAUCGGCUUCGUCGAGAAGCAGUACAUCGACCCGGGCUACGUCUACAACGGCGUCCUCGCCGGUUUAGUGUCCAUCACGUCGCCGUGCGCCGUCGUGUCGCCCUUCGGCGCGAUCGUCGUCGGCCUCAUCGGCUCCCUCGUCUACGUCGGCGCGUCCAAGGGCGUCAAGGCGGCCGGCAUCGACGACGCCGUCGACGCCUUCGCCGUCCACGGCGCCUGCGGCGCCUGGGGCGUCAUCGCGUGCGGCCUCUUCGCGACGCCGUUCUACUACAGCGUCUCCUACUACGGCGACCGCAAGGACGACUGCGCCGGCCUCUUCUACGGCGGCAAGGCCUCGGGCUCCUUCGCGGCGGCCUUCGCCUGCGUCUUCGUCAUCCUCGCGUGGGUCGGCUCGACGAUGGGCGCGCUCUUCGGCACGCUCAAGGCCACGGGAUUGUUGCGCGUCUCCCAGGAGAUCGAGGACGCCGGCUUGGAUGAUUCUAAGCACGGCGGCGCCAUGUCCGAGGUCGUCGCGGCCUCGGUCGACGGCGUAAAAGCCACGGAGGCCUAGACGUCGACGGCCCGGUCCGUCCUGCUGCUGUUCUCUCGUUCUGUACAUACUCUCAUCGAACCCCACUCUGUUUAUAUUGCCGGCGCGCGCGGACGCCAAGACCGGUCCGCGCCGCGCCCCCUUGCCGCGAGCACCUUGCACAUACCAGCAACAGCCCUUGUCCCAGCUCGCGCUUGACCCAACACCCAUUGCCUUGUCCCGGCCCCGGCGAUCGAAAACUGCCGGUGGCUCCCGGUGCGCCCGCCCGCGGCGCGCCCCGUCCCACCCAAAUUCCACCAUCGCACAGCAAGCCUGUUGCACGCCAGUGUAUAUAGUAAUCUGUAUUAAAAAGACCUGAUAGGCGAGGCCUCUGCGGCCGGACGACGCCGCUGCGACGACUUUUAG